GGCAGUCUGGGCGGCGGCAGCGGUCGCAGUCUCCUAGCGUCCCGGGCCUCACUGGGCCCCCUCCCCCAUGCCCGCGGGCGGCCUAUGAGCAGCGCCGCCGGUGCCCGCCCGCCCAGGCCUGCAGAAGACAGCGGCAGCGGCAGCGGCAGCAGCAGCAGCAGCAUGGCGGACGACGGGGCCGCGGCGGCUUUGGCCGAGAAGUUCUUGGCGCCCGAUGAGCCCUUCCCUCUGCUGGGCCCCCCGCGCGGCCCGGGCACCUGCUUCAGCGAGGAGUCGGGCUGCCUGGACGUCAGCGACUUCGGCUGCCAGCUGUCCUCCUGCCACCGCACCGACCCCCUGCACCGCUUCCACACCAACAGGUGGAACCUGACUUCCUGUGGAACCAGUGUAGCAAGCUCCGAAUGCAGCGAGGAGCUCUUUUCUUCAGUUUCUGUCGGUGACCAGGAUGAUUGUUAUUCCCUGCUAGAUGACCAGGAGUUCCCAUCUUUUGAUUUAUUCCCCGAGGGAAGCGUCUGCAGUGAUGUUUCUUCGUCCAUUAGCACUUACUGGGACUGGUCAGACAGUGAAUUUGAGUGGCAGUUACCAGGCAGUGACAUUGCAAGUGGGAGCGAUGUGUUCUCUGAUGUCAUCCCCAGCAUUCCCAGCUCACCAUGCUUGCUUCCUAAGAAGAAAAACAAACACCGCAACCUAGAUGAGCUCCCCUGGAGCGCCAUGACAAAUGAUGAGCAGGUUGAAUAUAUUGAGUACUUGAGUCGUAAAGUCAGUACUGAAAUGGGUCUUCGGGAACAACUUGAUAUCAUUAAAAUUAUUGAUCCCACUGCACAGAUCUCCCCCACAGACAGUGAGUUUAUUAUAGAACUGAACUGUCUCACAGAUGAAAAACUCAAACAGGUGAGAAACUACAUCAAGGAGCAUGGGCCUCGCCAGCGGGCCAUGAGAGAGCCCUGGAAGAGAAGCAGCUACAACUGUGGGAGCACCAGCGGUGUGAGCGGCGCCAGCAGCAGCAGUGCCAGCAUGGUCAGCUCUGCCAGCAGUACUGGUUCCAGUGUGGGCAACUCCGCUUCCAACUCAAGCGCCAACAUGAGCCGAGCACACAGUGACAGCAACCUGUCCACCAGUGCAGCGGAGCGGAUUCGAGAUUCUAAGAAACGUUCCAAGCAGCGGAAGUUACAGCAGAAGGCCUUCCGCAAGAGGCAGCUGAAGGAGCAGAGGCAGGCCCGCAAAGAGAGGCUGAGUGGGCUCUUCCUCAAUGAAGAAGUGCUGUCUUUGAAAGUGACCGAAGAAGAUCAUGAAGGAGAUGUUGAUGUUUUAAUGUAACCAGGGUGAAUUUGGCCGUGGGGUUUCUAAGCCUUAACGUUAUCCUCAAAGUUUGUGUGGAUUUUUUUUUUAACCAAAAUUUCGAUUAGAGCUGCGCUGAUGAUUUAGGUAAAUGUUUGACUCCUCAAACUUAAGUGUAGUAAUGAAAGUGGCUUUUUGCAAAAAGACAAAUGCUUUUCCAAGUUAGAAGACUUCACAGGUUGGUUUGUAGUUAAAUCCAUUCAUGUUGAUGUGUAGAUUUAAAAUCACUCUCCAAGGUAGAUUAUUCUCUUUGCGCUAAUACCAGUUGAGUUUUUCCAAAGGGUUGCUGCUUCUGUGUUUGAUGCCCAGCUGAAAACUUUUUUUGUGGUGUUGGGGGCAAGGAGGCAGGGCUGCAGGUGAAGGUACUGUUUGUAUAUUUUUAGGGAGUAUUGUCUUUUGUCUUCACCUGUUACUUAUUCAUAAAAUCGUAGAUAUAAGAUUAGAACCUACUUUUCUUCUCCUUUCCAUUCUUUGUGAAGUCAAAAUCCCAUUGGAAUUUGAGCCUGAUGAUUGUAGGGGAAUAGUUGUGCACACAAUCACAAGGCGGGGAGCCUAACAUCAUGCUGAAUAGUCAUUGGGUGAGAAUUUUUGAAAGGGGGAAUCACUAUCUGAUAUUUUCUGGACCUUUAGCAUCUAGAAUUGUUUUUCUCUCCAAGGCUGAUUUUUCUUUUCAAUUUGACCUAAUCAUUACAGUUGAUUUCCUUUAGCCCAACUCGAGCUUUUAAGUUUAAAUAAUAGUUUCUGGCUUGCUAAGAGACUCAUGUACAAAAUUUCCCUGAUGAUAAUCCUGGAAACUCUUCUUGACUUCUGUGUGAAACAUUUGAUAGUACAUAAAAACUUUGAAUCAUGGGAGUUUUCCAUAAGAACCAUAAUUUCAAGUGUCUGCCAUGAUUGUGAACUAGGUACAUGUUUAUAUAUUGACUAGCUUAUCACCACCUUGUAAGAUAGUGUGAAAUGAGGGCAUUCUUUAAAAAGUAUUUUCAUAGUAGUAUGUUUGAGUGAGUAUUAGAAAUACUGAAAUUUUUAAGUAGCUUAAGACAGACUUUGAAUCUUUCUAUAGGGAAGUUUAUGAUGGGGACUUUUCAUGUUGACAGUUGAUGGGCUGCUCUUUAAAAUUGUUUGAUGAUUACAUUCUUGGGGGUGAAAUGUUUUGGGGUGAUUAUAGCUCUAUAAAAGAAACAAGUCAGAGUAAUCAUGCCAUAGAGUCCACGUUCUUCUCCAUUAUUUUACUUUUCUGUAUUUACUUCUAAAAGCAGGCAAUUUAUUGAGGAGAUAAGUGCUCUAAAUUCCUAAUUUGUUGUGUUGGGGUUUCUUUAUUUUUAUUUCACUUUAAUACCUAGAGAGUUAAAUAAUUAAACUGAGGGGAAAGAAAAAUGACAAAUGAAAAAGAACCAGUGUAGCUUUCGUGACACAUGGUCAGAACAUUGGAAAUGCUACCAUGUGACACUUUUGUUAAGUAUAUUGUGAAAGACCACAUUCCUAAGAAAUUGCAUUGUUUUCUCACAGUAGUUCUGCUUCUCUUCUUCCCUUCCUACUUUUUAUACCCUCAGAUGGUUCUGUUGCUUCAGAAUCAAGAAGGCCAGAUGCUAAAAUUCUCCAAGAGAGGGUAGGCAAAGCCAGGCUGGUGGACCACAUGGCUCUAGGCUGCUAGUGUCAAAUUCAAAUAGAAACAGAUCCCUGAGGCUCCAUAUUGACUUAAAGCACAACGAAAUAACAUUAUCUAUGUUGUGUUGUAAGUUUUUAUUUGUUUUGUUAAGUAGUUCCUAAUUACAUUUUAAUCUGGGUCAACCCAUGGCAUUAAGUUUGACACCUCUGCUUUAGAUAAUUUAAGUAAUAGAAACAGAUUUCUUACAGCCGAGCCGUGAAAAAAGUUCAAGCCGGGAAAGAAGUUCAAAGGAGUGAUUGGCUGGUCUGUGGAGCUGUUUUUCAAGGAAAAUGGGACAGUUGUUAGUUUUUGGUUUGAAAAAAAUAUUGUUUGUCCAUCAGCUAAAUAGAAAUUUAUCCAAAUGUGGAUUCAGAUGCACUUAGUGUUUCUGAUUUCAGUGGUAACCUUCAAGACUCAUCUGUCAGACUCCAUAGUGUCCUGUCUUGGCUGAUGUCUUAUAUCGUACUCAUGUGGGCAUGUUGGAUAAUGGAUACUUGAGAAUUUGUGUUCUCCCCUUGGUCGGAUGCCUUUUCCCCAUUCAGUGAUAUCCGUCCCCAGUUUCACCUCACUUCCGUGGAUCUGUGAUCUUACCAAUGUGUGUGCUCCCUGCAGCAUUUCAGAGAGUACUCCAUCCUGUGUGGCUGUUGUCCAUCCUGUGGUUCUUGUCUGUGCUUUUCUGUAACUCCUCCACUAGGGCUUCACCUAGUUCUGGGACCCUUCCUCAAGAUCUUGUGAUACAGAGAGGAUUGGGGAUAGUGGAGGAGUGAGUUAAUAACCAUCAGUUAUCCCCUUCUCUAUAGAGAACUAGCCCAUCCCCUGCAUAGGAACUUUCCUUAAACUGUCUAAUAUUGCAAUUGCAACUGACUGCACAUGUCACUUUAUGCUAUUCUUGUUUUCCAUUUCUUAACAGAAAGGAAGCAUGUUGUAACAUUAGUUGUGUGAAUUAGCUGUAUUUGAUUUGAAUUUCUGUCCUCAUCCGUUAGAUAAUCACUGUAUGUAUAUUCUUUGCUCUGUGUCACUUCAAACAAAUCGCAGAUUUCACUGAUAUCCUCUAUACCACUUUUUCUGGGUAGUUUCUCUUUGGUAAUCUGUGGCAACCUUUUCACAUGUAUCUUUCCAUUGUUGCCCCCCAACUUGACAUCGUAAGAGACUGGGAUAUUCCAUGACUUGGAGCCCUACUAUAUCACAGGAGGAAUCUUAAUGCCAAAAAUACGGACUUUCAUUUUCGGGUGAGAUUUGGGGUCAUUCAAAGCCCUGCACACACUUUCCCGAAGGCAACCCAAUCAGCCCUCUUGCGUCCUACUCAACUCCAGGCUCAGGUCAUUGUACAUCCCCAGUGUCUGUCAGAAGUAGAAGGGUUUCCAUCUCAACUGCAUGCUAUAGUCUAAACGAUGCCCAUUCUUCAUUCGUUUUCUAGAAAUGUUUUAAAAAUAUUGACAUAUUUUGUUUUAACAGAGUGAUCACUUUGAAAGAAAUACCCCCUUCAUACUGCCUUUUCUUAAAUCGUCUAAUAUUGCAAUUGCAACUGACUGCACAUGUCACUUUAUGCUCUUAGAGAGUAAAGAAGCAUGUUUGAAUAUUAGCUGUGUGAAAUUCUAUUAGUCCUGUGAAACCAACAUGUCAUUGUAUUCGGUUUGAACUCUGCUGUCUUCACUUACAUUAUUGUACUCAUUGUGUAUCAUCUUCUGCUUCUUUCUUUGUUGUGUGUUAGUUCAUACAAUUCUUCCCAUGUUUCUCUGAACUCUUCAUAUUGUUUCCAACAGCAUAAUAGCAGGCCGUUGCAUUCACAUGCACAGUGUAUUCUGCCAUUCUUCAGUUGUUGGGCAAGUAAUUCCUCCCCCCACCCUUUUCUACUACAGAAGUGCUUCUCUGCUAUUUUGGUGCACAGAGGACCUUGCUUCCUGUCAUUGACCUCCAUCAAGUGUGAGUAGUAGGACUAGAUCAAAGGAUAUGAGUAAUUUAGUAACAUUUCUAAACAUAACUCUAAAUUGUUUUCUGGAAUGGUUGAACCAGUUCAUAGUUCUGCCAACAGUGUAUCGGUAUACCUGUCUCCCACGUUGUCCUCCAACACUAUUUUCAUCCUUUAAAAUAUUUGCCAAUUUGAUGGGUGUCAGGUAAUCCCCCAGGAAAAUCUCUAAGGUGGCCCAUUUUCUAGGUUGGAGGUGUAGUCUGCAUUGGUACAAGUGCACUCCCUACUGUGGGAACGUCCCACAAAUGGCCCACCCAACUUUUAGUUCAACAAAAUUGCCUUCAUAGAGAGGAUUCAUUGGAAAGGAAUUGAAUGUCUAGUGAGAUACAGAAAGGAUCACUUGAUUUGCUGUAUCAACUAGUGUUAAGGUGAGUGCCAUCUUCCUUGCCCAUGAAAUAAAACUUGGUCAGAUUCCAUAAAGUACAACAGUUCUUUGACCAAGCCUGUAUCCUUUGAAUAAAGUCAGUAUUGCAAAACGAAUCUUGAGGUACUGACGUUUCUGAUUCCUGCCAGAUUUCAUGCAGAUAUUAUUUGAAUCUGCCUCUUAAAAGUAAAAAAAUUCCUCUCAAAGAAAUAGCCUGGUAAGUCUCAAUUGUGUUUCCUCUUUUUAGGAAUAGUUCUGAUUCUCAGACUAAGUUCAUGUCACAUCUCCUUAUUGAUGACUCAAAUGUGCUUUUGAGUUCAGAAAUAGUAGGGAAAGCUUCUCUGCAGACCGCAUGUGGAAGGAAGAUCAUCCUGCACCAUGUUUGUUCUUCUUCCUCUUAAGGCCCACCUCAGGUUUCUUGCUUCUUUCACUUUCCCUCUUCCAUGUUUGUUACUGAUCUGUACUUUGUUCUAUUCCUUCUGCUUGUUUCAUUUCACGUUAUUUCAGAAAGGCCUUUCCAGAUUUCUUUGUAUUCCUCAAACUUUGUCAUCCUUAAUUACAUUAUAUUAAUGUAUAACAAUUAUUUCACCAUUUCCCUAUUGUUGGACAUUUAGGUUCCUUCCAGGUUUUUUUGCAAGUAUAUUUAAUGCCGCUAUGAAAAUCAAAGGCGUUUUCAAGGCAUGAUUACAUUUUGUAGCUUGUACUGGCCAGAUGGCUCUCCAGAAAGGUUUUGUGGGCUUACAUUUCUGUCAGUAAUAAAUGAGUUGUUUCACAGCAACCCCUGUUGCUUUUGGUUAUUUUUGACAGUUUGAUAGGUGUGGGGUGAUGCCUCAAAGUUGGUUUCAUCUGGUAUUUCUUUUAUUAUUAGUGAGGUUAAGCAGUUUUCAACUGGUUAGUAACUUGUUUUUCUUUUGAAAAUUGUAUCCUUUAGCCAUUUAUCCACUGUGUGUGUGUGGGGGGGGAGGGAUUUGAGGUAGUUACCACUGUAUUUUUUUCUAAUAAUUCCUUAUAUGGUUUAGAUGUCAAUCUUUAUCUGUCAUAUUUGUCCUUAAAUAUUUUCCCCAGUCUAUUCUUUCUUAAAAGUUAUUUUGAGUUUUAUUGUACAUAAAAUUUUUGUCUUAAUGUAGUCAAGCACAUCAGUUUGUUGUCUUCUAUUUGAAUGGGGGAAAAAUCCAUCCCCCUUCUACAAUUUAGAUAAACACUUUAUUACAUUUUAUUACGUAUUUUUAUGUUUAUGUUUGUGUCUCAGCUGGAACUUCCUGGGGUAUGUUGUGUAAAAUGUGAGUCAAAAUUCCUUUCCCUCCACAUUGCCAACCAAUUUUCCCAAGUUAGGUAAUGAAUCCUCUGCUCAGUCUCCUUCUUUUCUCUAAGUUCACCAAACAUUUGUCUUUUGUAGAUGUUUAGUUGGGUGUCUGGUGUUAUCUAGUCUAUUCCAUUGAUAGAUUUCUCCUUUCCUUGUACAGUGCCAGAUUGUUUUGAUAAUAACCACUUGGAUAAUUUGUUUUAAAGUUUCACAGGGCAAGACCACUUUCGUCAGCUUUUUUUUUCUUUAGUGUGCCCUUUGGCAAUUUUGCUUCCUCUU